AUGUUCAAGUUCGUCGUUUUGGCUUCCACUGUUGCUUUCGCACAAACUUCUGUCGACUGCGUUGCAUACUAUACAUUGAAUCAGGCAAGUCUGGUUGACCCCAGUCAGAUCCAGUACUGUGUUGCACAAUGCAAUGAAAUGCCGACUGCUGGUACCUGUCCUGAGGGUUCUCCUGUCACCGAUUGCGUGCAGUCUCUGGACGCAUGCAAGUUCGUUCAAGGAGGCGAGGCUGUAGACAACGGCGAAGCUGCAGAAAGUGCACCUACUGAGGCUGGAGAAGCUGGUGAAGUCGCACCUAGCGAAGCUGUUGAAGGCGGUGAAGUU